GAUGAAACUGUUUACAGUGUACUCAAAUUAGACACCACGUGUGUCAAAACCACCUUUAUUUACUGUCAAAAGUUGUUUUGUUUUUCAUCUGCAGCUUUUAAAUUAAGGAAUUUUAGAAAGAGCGCUUCUAACAUGGAGUUAAGUGAAUCGGUAAAAGAUGAACAAAAUGCAGAAGGCAACGCUGUGGAACAACCAAGCCGAAAGCGUAGAAACCCAUUUCUUACAAGUAAAGAAGAUAAGGAGCGUCGGCAAAAGAAGAAGGCUCGAAUCGUUGUUAGAAACAUUAGCUAUAAAGCGAACGAAGAUUUACUGUCGAAACAUUUUAGUCAGUGGGGCAAUGUUGAAGAACUAAAUCUUCUAAAGCGCCCAGAUGGCAAAUUAGUCGGUUGUGCAUUUGUACAGUACAGCAGUGUAAAUCAGGCGUCUAAAGCGAUUUUAAGAGGUAAUAAGCAAGAUUUCUUGGGACGACCAAUAUACGUUGAUUGGGCUUUGGGCAAAGAUGAGUAUAUUAAAAAAAAUGUCAAAGAGGAGCCCGAUGAGAAGAAACCCAAAAAAGAACCAAAAGAAGAAGAUGACAUCAAAUUAGAUGAUACUUUAAAAGAAGAGGACCAAGAUAGCGAAUCACAAGAAGAUGAUGAUGAAAGUGAUGCGGACGAAAGCGCAGAUGACGAUAAAAUCGUUUCCAAUUCAGAUGAGGAUGAAAAGAAAUCAAAAUAUAAAUUAGAAAUAGGAAAAGUUGGAAAAGAGACACAUAUAUCAAAUGACGUUCAGGAUGGAUGUACGAUCUUCAUAAAAAAUGUUCCCUUUGAUGCCGAAAAUAAUGAUUUGCGUAAAAUAUUCCGAAAAUUCGGCCUGUUGCAUUAUGCAAUUAUAAAUCGGGAGCCGAUUUCAGGCCAUUCAAAAGGAACAGCUUUUGUCAAGUUCAAGAAUAAAGAAUCGGCUGAUCUUUGUCUACAAUCUGGAGGUGAAAUCUCUCUUAUGGAUCAGCUGCUCGAACCAUAUCCGGCGUUAAGUAGAGAUGAGGUUCGAAAUCAUGAAAAGAUGAAAUCUAACAAAGAUGUGGUGAAAGAUUCUCGCAACUUAUAUUUAGCUAGAGAAGGUUUAAUUAUGGCCAAUUCGAAGUCUGCUGAAGGAGUUUCCGCAUCGGAUAUGUCGAAACGGCACAAGCUAGAACAAAUAAAAACUCAGGUGCUAAAAAAUCUGAAUAGAUUUGUUUCACGAAAUCGCUUGUCCAUUCAUAAUUUGCCUCUUAAUUAUGAUAAUGAAAAACUGAAGCGCAUGGUUAUUACAUAUACGGACUUUAGGCCGCAUGAGUGCAGAGUUAUGCGGGAGAAUAAAAUUACACCAGAGCACCCGCAAGGAAAGUCCAAAGGCUUUGGAUUUAUGUCAUUUAGCACACAUCAAGAAGCUUUGGCUGCGCUGCGAAAGCUUAACAAUAAUCCCUCAGUUUUCGGAAACCAACAUAGACCUAUUGUCGCCUUCAGUAUUGAGGAUCGAGCAGUGGAAAAAGUCAAGGAGAAUCGCAAACAAAAAUCCAAAAUUAACAACCCUACAUUCAAGGAAAAAUUGGAAAAAAGGAAAGAACAGAGACGACUUAAAAGGCAAGGAAAAUUGGCUAAAAAUAACAAUAAAAUUCCUUAUACCGAUGACAAGGAGAAACUAAAGAAACAUUUAAAAAAAUUAGAAGAAUCACGUGCUGCUAAAGCUAAUGCUCAAGCCAAAAACCCAGCCAUAGAAGAACUUGAUAACUUUGUAGGUACGGCGUCGAAGCCCGGCUCAAACAUACGCCUGCGAUCAAACAAAAAAAUUGCCGAACAGGCGCAGGAGCAUCGAAAAAAUGUUAAAGCAAAUAAACGUAAGGAGAAGGCUAAGAAAAUUCGGCAAAUACAUUUAGCUGAGCGUAAAGCGAUAGAUAGACCAAAACAAGGGAGAAAAGAAGAACGCGACGACUUGGAACAUCUGGUAACAAAAUAUAAACGUAUGAUAGAUAGUCAAGCUAAUGUGGGAGGCACCGGAGAGAAUCUGGAAAAGGAGUUGAAAGCACCAAAGCGAACUAAAUGGUACACGGAAUAAUGAUUUUUCCUCACUUUAUUUAGUUGUUAUUUGUGUAUAUAUGGAAACUCAAUAAAAAGGUCAAGUUGUGAAUUUAA